UUUCUCCCUCUCUUAUGCGCACUCGCCUCCGCUUCCUUUAAACUUCAAGUCCGCCACAGAACAGCGCGUUCGCCGAUUUCAUCCUGCUCGAGCUUCCACCAUGGCUGACAUAGUAGUUCAGGACCCAUCUCAGCCUCACUUUGACGUGAAGCUCUUCAACCGCUGGAGUUUUGAGGAUGUUCAGGUAAAUGACAUCAGUCUGGCUGAUUACAUUGGUGUCGUGCCGGCCAAGCACGCUACUUAUGUUCCUCACACUGCUGGGAGGUACUCAGUCAAACGCUUCAGGAAGGCCCAGUGUCCAAUUGUGGAGAGGCUUACAAACUCACUUAUGAUGCACGGCCGUAACAAUGGGAAAAAGUUGAUUGCUGUGCGGAUUGUUAGACAUGCUAUGGAAAUUAUCCAUUUGCUGACCGACUUGAACCCCAUUCAAGUCAUUGUUGAUGCUGUUGUCAAUAGUGGGCCAAGGGAAGAUGCCACCCGUAUUGGAUCUGCUGGUGUUGUGAGGCGUCAAGCCGUUGAUAUUUCCCCUCUGCGGCGUGUUAACCAGGCCAUCUAUCUUCUCACUACUGGUGCUCGUGAGUCUGCCUUCAGAAAUAUAAAGACGAUUGCAGAGUGUUUGGCAGAUGAGCUUAUUAACGCUGCCAAGGGUUCAUCCAACAGCUAUGCCAUCAAAAAGAAGGAUGAGAUUGAAAGAGUUGCCAAGGCCAACCGUUGAUUUGGAAACGAAGUAUGGAGCAACCAGAAGGAGAUUUUGCGUUUUGUGUCCUCGUUACUUAAAAGGAGACUCGAACUUAAGUUGUAUGCUUGAACAUGAACUGAAAGUUUUGUUCUUUUCCUUUUGUAGUAGAAGCAAAGAGUAACCUUUGUUUUUUUAAUUUAGAGUUAGAGUUCUAGAUCCUUCUAUUGUUGGGUCUCGCAGCGGACAGAAUUUUUUAUUUGGUUAUGCAUCAUGGUUUCCUUUUAUUA